GUUCGCCCCGGGGCAGCUCUCCGUUUCCGUACGCCGAAAGAAGUCGCGUCUCCGUUUCCGGCAUCAGCCGCCUGUUGAAACCUUCACGAUCGGUUCGGGCGAUGUUCUCUCCAGAUUGGAAGGACAUGGUAUAUUCCACCGUGCAAAUCUUUCCUUCGACUCCUGAGAUCUGAGACCCUUGCAGUGUUUCAGCAGAAAUGGGGCGAGUUACUCGUCACCCUCGGAUUCGCAUCCCAAACCCAAAUAGCCGUACGCAAAUAAUAGAUGCCACUGAAUGGGUCUUGACAGAGGGCCUGCAGAGUAGAGUUCCGAACCCAAACCCAUCUUCCCCCGCAGAUACCGAGAGUCUGCAACCAAAUGCCGAGCAGUCGGUCGCAGUGCGAAGCGUACCAACCGAUGUUACAGUCGGCAGUACAGGCACAUCUGGACUGUCAAAUUCCGAAGGUUUACAGCCAACCACUAAGGAACUGAUCGACAUUUGUCCUCGCUUUCGAGUCUUUGUAGUUGGAAAGUCAGGUGUAGGGAAGUCGACUCUGAUCAAUCGAAUAUUCGGUCUGGAAGUUGCGCACGUCGCAAAAGAUCGACCAGGGCAAGCAGCUAUCGAGAAAGAACUCAUUUCACAGGAGAACAACAGAUUCAUCUUGCACGGCAGCCGAGGUUUCGAACCAGCCGAAGGCAGCAACUAUGACGUCGUGAAGUCAUUCAUAGAAGAGAGGAAGAAGAUGCCAGAUGUCAAAGAUCAGCUUCAUGUGGUCUGGUUAUGUUCUAGGUACCAAUUCUAAAAUACGGACGGCUGCUGGAGGACGGUGUGGAAGCGUUCCUUAGAGAAGCGAAGGAAGCCUUAGGGAACAUCCCGACCACAGUGGUAUUUACCAAGUACGACAGAGUUGUGAGUUUCGUGCGAAAGAAGAAGUCAACAGACCCUGAGGCG